AUGGGGAAUGUUGGUCGGCCGGCGGCGACUCCGCUGGCUAUCAGGUCCGGUCACAUUGAGCCCAACAGGGCACUCGAUCCUGGUCUUGUCUGUGAUGCUAGCAUCGACGAUUAUGUGAGAUUCUUAUGUGCCAUGAAAUAUAUCAGCAAGCAGAUAAAGAUGAUCACCAAGAUCUAUUCUUUCGAUUGCUCGCAUGCAUCUCUAGAUCUUAAUUAUCCAUCAUUUAUUGCAUUCUUCAAUCGUAACAAGACUGUUGCUAGCGAUAAGGUUGUCCGAGAGUUCCAAAGGAUGGUGACGGAUGUGGCACAUGCGAUGGUGAGUUACAACGCCAAGGUGGUGGCUAUGAAGGGGUUUGCAAUCAGGGUCAUGCAGGAGAAGUUAGUUUUUCACGAGAAGUAUGAGAAGAAAAGUUUCGCUCUCAUUCUGGUGGGCGAGGAGCCAUAA